AUGUACACGGCCUCGGCUCCCACUGUCCGCCCGGUCGCGGUGUCGCGCCGCGCCCGCUCCACCCGGUGCCAGGCCAAGCGCGGCGAGGCCCUGGACCGCCCCCUCAGGGUCGCUGUGAUCGGCGGCGGACCCUCGGGUGCGUGCGCGGCCGAGACGCUCGCCGCCGGCGGCGUGGAGACCUACCUGAUCGAGCGCAAGCUCGACAACUGCAAGCCCUGCGGUGGAGCCAUCCCGCUGUGCAUGGUGGAGGAGUUCGACCUGCCCAUGGAGAUCAUUGACCGCAAGGUGACGAAGAUGAAGAUGAUUUCCCCCUCGAACCGCGAGGUGGACGUGGGCAAGACGCUGAACGACAAGGAGUGGAUCGGGAUGUGCCGGCGCGAGGUGUUCGACGACUACCUGCGGAAGCGCGCGGAGAAGAACGGCGCGACGGUGCUGAACGGGCUGAUGAUGCGCAGCGAGAAGGAGGGCGACUCGUACCGCGUGCACUACAACUCGUACAAGGAGGGCGCCAAGGUGGGCACGCCCGCGCACGUGGACGUCGACGUGGUCAUCGGCGCGGACGGCGCGAACUCGCGCGUGGCCAAGGAGAUGGGCGCGGGCGAGUACGACUACGCCAUUGCCUUCCAGGAGCGCAUGCGCAUCCCGGACGACAAGAUGGAGUACUACAAGGACCUGGCGGAGAUGUACGUGGGCGACGACGUGUCACCGGACUUCUACGGGUGGGUGUUCCCGAAGUACGACCACGUCGCGGUCGGCACGGGCACGGUGGUGAACAAGACGGCCAUCAAGCAGUACCAGGACGCGACGCGCGAGCGCGCGAGCGCGAAGACGGACAACGGGCAGAUCAUCCGCGUCGAGGCGCACCCGAUCCCGGAGCACCCGCGCCCGAAGCGCGUCCAGGAGCGCGUGACGCUCGUCGGCGACGCCGCGGGCUACGUGACCAAGUGCUCGGGCGAGGGGAUCUACUUCGCGGCCAAGUCCGGCCGCAUGUGCGCCGAGGCGAUCGUCAAGGCGUCGGAGAACGGGAAGAAGAUGGUCGGCGAGGAGGACCUCCGCGUGUACCUGGACGAGUUCGACCGCAAGUACUGGGCCACCUACAAGGUCCUCGACAUCCUCCAGAAGGUGUUCUACCGCUCCAACCCCGCCCGCGAGGCCUUCGUCGAGAUGUGCGACGACACGUACGUCCAGAAGAUGACGUUCGACUCGUACCUGUACAAGACGGUCGUCCCGGGCAACCCGCUCGACGACGUCAAGCUGCUGUCCAACACUGUGGCCUCGCUGCUCCGGAGCAACGCCCUGCGCAGCAAGUCCGCCGAGCCCGUCGCCUAA